AAUCCAAAUAAACCCCUUCAUUCCUCUUGUAUUCACUACUCUUUAAAAGCAGAGCAAACACCUACUCUAAAACCUCUACUUGAUGUUCCUCUUUCUCUGUCCUCCAUUCUUCUCACCUUCAUAAAACCUACCCUAUAUUCCUCUAAACCUCGAGAAAAAAGAAAAAAAAACACAAAAAAAUGCCAUUAAAAAUAAAAAACAUGAAGGGUAUAGAUUUCUCUUGUGCAUCACCAGCAUCUACAGCCAUAUGUUCAAGUACAGACCAAAAUUUAAUGGUCAAAAACUCAACCAAAUCAUUUAAUCGUUUAAAUGAUCAUUACAAAUCUUAUUCUCCAAGAGCACCUUGUAUUUCUGAACUCCCUUUUACUCCUAGACUUUCAUCUUCUUACCGUGAAAAACCCAGAAAAAACCCAUCCUCCAUUGUUAAGCUUAGUGAUCUUAGUACUCCUAGAAGAAAAUCUUCCGUCAAUAUCCACGAUUUUCGACGCUUUUAUGAAAAAUGUAGCUUUAAUAGUAGUUUAUUAAGUCCUCCUAGAGGUCAUUCUUCUAGGUACCUUUUGGAUGAAUCUAAGUGUUUGGACUCAAAUUCUGAGUCUCAUCAAAAUGUUACUAAAAAUAGUAAGUAUGAUAAUUAUAGUAAUGGUUGGGCUUUGGUUCCUUGUGCUCCUAUAGUGACUUCUUCUCAUGAAGAAGGUCAUGAAAAGAAGAGUUUUGGUUCAUAUUUGGAUGCUGAAAAGGAAAAGAAGAUUAUGAAAUCAUCAUUAGUGCAUGUUAAUCAUGGUGAUCAAAGAGUGAUUAAGUCUUAUAAUACAAAGUUUAAUAAUAAUGGUGAUGAUGUUUUUAAUAGAAAGCAACAAAGUAUGGGUUAUUGCAAAAAUGAUUCUCUUGUGUUGAAGAAAUCGUCUUCUUCUGCUACUCAAUCUCUUGACAAGGUUGUGGUAUUGAGGGUGUCAUUGCACUGCAAAGGUUGUGCUGGUAAGCUUAGGAAACAUCUCUCCAAGAUGGAAGGAGUGACAUCGUUUAGCAUAGAUUUGGAAACAAAAAAAGUGACAGUAAAAGGGAAUGUGACACCAUUAAGUGUAUUAACAAGCAUUUCAAAGGUGAAGAAUGCUCAGUUCUGGCCAUCACCACUAUCAAACUCAUCAUCUUCAUCUUCUUCAUCAUCAAAUUCUUCCAUGGUUGAAUACUUCCAUUAAUUAAGGAUCAUGAAGAAGGAGCUAGCUAUACUACCAAGCUCUGUAUUCAAGCUCAUCUACUUGAUGUAUAUUUCAUACUGCUUUUAAGCACUACUUUUCCUAUUAUUACAUUAAGUUUGUUAAGCUUUUUUAAAUACUUGUUAAAACUAUCAUUAUUAUAAAGAAGUUUUUUUAUGCUGAUUUUUGUGCAUGGUAGAGUGGAGGACUAGCAAUUCCGUUACUGGUAUUUUGUGGGUCCUAGACAAAUUAAUAGAUAUAGGCACUGCCUAUAAAAGAUCGAUUAUAAUCUUUAAUAGGUACUUGAAAUAAUAAU